UCAGGCACUAUAUUGCCUACCCGCUUGGUGUCAAGUGGAUCAUCCACAGUCUUCGGAGUUGAGCUUCUUCCGUCAAUUAUUUUUUAAAAUAUAUUGAUUACAUUAUUUUGUUAAUUUCUGGCCCCAUCUGACUCCUUUCAAAUCGUGAAUUUACAACUGUCAAAGGCGUUUUUUGUUGUGGCUUUCAUCCGCACCACCACAGCCUGUAUCGACCUUCAAUUUUAUCAGCGAGGCUUGAAUUUUACUUAUUUAUUAUACACGGUUUUAUUAUCUUAUUUUUUUCAAUAUAUGAUUGUUUAGCUACAGUGGCGACAAGAAUGGGACUUUCGUUUCGCUGCUUCUUGCUGCUUUCCCUUUUAACUCUGUCAGCCUGUACGGAUUUCCUCCUGGAUAUUAACAAAGCCUCCGGACGGACACUUUUACGGGAUUCGAACCGAGCCAAGCAAUCCGCGUUCGCCCGUUGGCGUCACGGUGUGAGGAAAAGGAGCGCCCCGGCGGACGCCUCUUGCGACGCUCUUCAAGGAUAUGAGGCCAAGUUGGGCAACAACACGCACCGUCAUACUUUCAAUGACCUGAGUGGAUCAGUGUCACUGGCUUGGGUUGGAGAUGGCACGGGGGUCAUCCUAGCUUUGACUACAUUUCAUGUUCCCUUCUUUAUGAUCAACCUAGGACAAUCUAAACUCUAUCGAAGCGAGGACUACGGUAAAUCCUUCGAGGAUGUCACCGACCUCAUUAACAACACCUUCAUUCGAUCAGAGUUUGGCAUUGCUACUGGCCCUGAGAAUUCUGGAAAAGUUAUCUUGACUGGCGAGGUGUCCGGUUUUCACCGCUCUCGGGUCUUUGUCUCAAGCGACUUUGGAAAGCGUUUCACCCACCAGGAGCUGCCCUUCAACCAACACUCGGUCCUCUCGUACAAUCCUGAGAAUUCCAACGUGCUGCUGGGCCUCAGCGACAAAAAAGAGCUGUGGCUGACUGAAGAUUUUGGCCGCAAUUGGAAAAAGAUCUACAACAACUCUGUGUGCUUGGUGAAAUGGGGGACAGAAAAUACCAUCUUUUUUUCUGCCAUUCGCAAUGGAUCCUGUAAUGAUCACGGAGCACUGGAACUCAUGAGGACGACUAAUUUCGGGAAAACAAUCAAGGCCGUCGCUACUAAGAUCUACUCUUUCGGCCUCGGCGGUCGCUUCCUGUUUGCUUCUGUGAUGACAGGCAAGGCCACUGAGAGGAUGCUCCACGUGUCGGUGGACCAAGGCGACACUUGGAACAUGGCCCAAUUGCCUGCCAUCGGUCUCGAGCAGUUCUAUUCCAUCUUGGGAGCGAGCGAUGAUAUGGUUUUCAUGCACGUGGAUGAGCCGGAAGAUGAUGGCCUCGGCACCAUUUACGUCUCAGAUGACCGGGGCACCGUCUUCUCCAAGUCACUGGAGAACCACCUUUACACCACCACAGGGGGCGACACUGACUUCACCAACAUCACCUCUCUGCGAGGAGUUUUUACCACCAGCGUCCUGGAUAAAGACAAGACUGUGAGGUCUGUCGUGACCCGUGACAUGGGAGGGGAGUGGACUUACUUGCAUAAGCCUGCCAACAGCAAGUGUGACUCACGAAAGGAACAGUGCCAUCUCCACAUCCAUGCGUCAUACAGUACCGCAUUGAAGCUCAAUGUCCCUAUGCUGCCCCUGAGCGAACCAAAUGCUGUGGGCUUAAUAUUAGCUCAUGGGAGUGUCGGCGAUUCCGUCUCUGCGAUGACCCCCGACGUGUUCGUGUCUGAUGACGGAGGCUAUACAUGGAUGAAGGCACUGGACGGCCCGCAUCAUUAUGCCAUUCUGGACUCGGGUGGGCUGCUCGUAGCUGUGGAGCACAGCCCAGAUGAACCGGUGGACAAGAUCAAAUUCUCUACGGAUGAAGGACAGUGCUGGCACACGUACACAUUCACUGAGGAGCCUAUCAUCUUCACCGGCCUGGCGUCGGAACCAGGCGCCCGCUCCAUGAACGUCAGCAUCUGGGGCUACAAAAGCGGCAUCCUCAGCCAGCAUUGGAUCUCCAUUACUAUCGACUUUCGGGAUCUCCUCACUAGAGACUGUGCGGAUGCCGAUUACGUGCAGUGGUUGGCCCACUCGGAUAACAUCAGCGACCCCAACAACGGCUGCAUCCUGGGCUACAAGGAAACAUUCCUGCGUCUCCGUAAGGAUUCUGUUUGCUGGAACGGACGAGAUUAUUUGGUCAGCACGCAGCCGACGCCUUGCCCAUGCACUUUGGACGACUUCCUUUGCGACUUUGGAUUUUACCGCAAAGAGAAGAAUAGCUCCGAGUGUGUGGAGGAGCCAGACAUGAAAGGCAAAGUGCUGGAGUUCUGUCUGCACGGUCGAGAGGAACAACUGCGGACUAAAGGCUACAGGAAAAUCCCCGGUGAUAAAUGUGAGAGAGGUACGAUUCCUGAGCGCAAUGAGAUUGACCUGAGUAUGCAUUGUGUGAGUGAUCUGCUCAACUCGGAGAUCCAGAAACAAGGCCACCACUCCUCUACAUCUGUCGUCGUUGUGAUAACGAUAAUAAUCAUGCUACUGAGCAUCGCCGCCGGAGUCGUCUUCAUCAAGAAAUACGUCUGUGGUGGCAGGUUCUUGGUCCACAGAUACUCAGUGCUGCAGCAACACGCCAACGAAAACACAGCAGAGAGCGUGGAUGACAGGUUGGACGACCAACUGGAGAGCAACCACCGCGUCAACGGAAAGAUCGACUUUCACGACGACUCUGAUGAGGACUUGUUGCAGUAGCAGCUAAAAUCAGUCAAAUCAUCUAUUCUGGAGGAGUUUCCGGCUUCGCACUUUAGCGAACAGACACUCCUACCAUCGCACUACUUCUUCCUUUGGCUUGAACUUUGCUCUGGUGUCACUCGGCUAUCUUCUUCCUAACGCUAAUGAAUGUACAUGCUCAGAAGUGAGGAGAAAUUGAUCUGGAAGGAAAUGCAUAAGAUUUUCUACCUUUCAAGCAAGAAGCACAACUCCAAGCUUCCAUUUGAUAGCAAUAAGAUGUACGUACUUAUUUCCAUGCAUGUCAGUAGCGUCCAUGAUGUAAAUAUAGCUCCAGAUGCUAUGCUUGAUAAAUGAAAGAUGAAAAAAUAUUCAAGGCAAAAUUUCUAUCCAAGUUGGACCACAAGCCUCAAAGUUUCUCAUAAUGAUCAGUUAUCCAAGAGUAUAUUAAAUAGAGCUCAUCCUCAAUAAGGUCACGUUAGGGUGAGUCUGUUUUUGCUGAUUGUGUGAGAGGCGGAUUACAACUUGGACUGGCCGCCGUUCAAUCAGAGGGCACAUGGAGACAAUCAAUGGACUGUUUAGAAUGUCCUGGAGCUUUUUGAGCCUUACCUUUUGAUGUAAAAAAAAAAAAAAAAGAAUAUUGGGUUCUUGAACCUUA